AUGACUUGGCACUUUUUGAUAGUUUCUGCAUUGAUACCAAUUUGCUGUACCCUCAUUCCAAUUCAAAUGCUCUCUCCCCUCAUAGUGCAGGAACUAGUUACCUACCUACUUACCUUAUGCCACCAUCGGCGAAAAGAGAGAUGCCAGUCUCACAGGACCACCGGGCUCCGAAUAAACCGCCAUAACCCCGUAUCCCACUGGAGAACUGAAGCUGGCAAGCACAAGAGAGACGACAACCUUCUUCCCCCCGUGAUCUAUGCAACAGGAUACCAUCCUAGUCCAGUCCCCAAUGCCGCGCUGCAACUCUCCGUCGCAGAGUCCUCCCACGAUGCGGCCAAGCAACCAACUCAGGCGCGCUUCUAUACCGACCGAGCCGCCAGCCUCCAGUACCUCCCCGUCUACGCGGCUGUGGCUGCUUCAACCAUGAGUUUCGGCUGGCGUGUGUUGGAGCAAACCCCUAGCCUGACCAGCGGCUGUUCGAGGGGAACGGCAGCGGCAGCGGCAGCGGCAGCAAGCAGCCGUGAGGCUCUAUCGUCUUUGCUCGCCCACUCGACAUACACGACGACACGACGACACGACGACCACUUACACCACUAUACACAGUUUCACACGUCCCACACUAGAAUCCCACAAACCACACCUACCUACAACUACACCAACAGCGUGCGACCGGUCCGUUCACUGGGAGGGAGAACCGGAGCUGGGUGGGCAUCCAGCGAAACCCCGAGCCAUGCGGCUCAAGUUGGUUUCCCAGCCCCGCCCAGUCCAGCCCAGCUUUCCGCCCUGGGCGCUAAUCGACACGUCCGACGUAAGGGAUGGGGACGGAGGGUGGAGAGGAAACGGGUGGACGGGAACGACUCUAAGCCUCCGAGGAUGGGUAGGUAG